UUUUAUACCGAAAUGGCUAAAUGGAAUUAAAUGUUUAGAAUAUGGAUUAUGGAAUUUAAAAUUAUACAAAACUAUUAACUAAAUCACACGAUACGUGUAAAAAUAUUUUUUUUUGUAGUAUUUUAAAUAUAUAAUACACCAAUAAUGGAUUUUUCGUUACUGGAACCAACAUUGUACACAGUGAAGGGCAUGGCUAUUUUGGACAAUGAUGGCAAUCGCAUACUGGCCAAAUACUAUGAUGAUAAUAUAUUUCCGACAAUUAAAGAACAAAAAGCAUUUGAAAAAAACCUAUUCAACCGCACUCAUAGAGCAAAUGCAGAAAUUAUCAUGCUGGAUGGAAUUACAUGUCUAUACAGGAGCAAUGUGGACCUGUUUUUUUAUGUCAUGGGAAGUUCACACGAGAACGAAUUGUUAUUGAUGAGCGUCUUACAAUGUAUGUAUGAUUCAAUCAGUCAAAUUUUAAGGAAAAAUGUAGAAAAACGAGUUGUACUUGACAACUUAGAUGUUGUUAUGUUGGCAUUGGAUGAAAUUUGCGAUAAUGGUAUUAUAUUGGAAGCCGAUUCUGGGGCAGUUGUACAGAGAGUAGCAUUACGAACCGAUGACAUACCAAUUGGGGAACAAACUGUUGCACAAGUUUUCCAGUCAGCAAAAGAACAGUUGAAAUGGUCAUUAUUGAAAUAGUGCAUAUCUUAUAAAAUCUUUAAGGAAUAAGAUGUUAACAUAAUACAUACCAUUAUUUCCAUUGUUUAUAUAAUACUAUAUAUUUAUAAUUUAUAAUUAAUACACAUUAAAUUUAUAGAUAAUCUUGAGAAAA